AUGGGAACCGCGGCUGGCAGCGCCUGCGCGGAGGGGCCUGGGGCGGAGCGCGGCCGGCCAGACCCCUUGGAACGUGCUCGUGAUCCCGGCCCGCGUUCCCGGGACGACCCCCAGAUCCUGGCCGGGAUCCCCCGCAACGGGUACCGGCUCGCGGCGGGCCUGCCCUCCCGAGAGCCUAAGGCAGCCCGGGAACUCUGGAGGCGCUGGACCCCCACCUUCUCCUUUGGCGUCCUCACCUACUGCUCCUGGCCUCAGGGUAACGGCUGGAACCAGAGCUGUGGAACCUUCAGGUCCCUGGACGACAUUCCUGACUUUGCCUGGAAGGUCUCAGCUGCAAUUCUCCUUGGAGGAUGGCUCUUGUCGGCCUUCAGUGCAGUUCUCCUCCUGUCCUGGGCCCUGGCCCCCAAAGGGCUGUGUCUCAGAAGGGGCAGUGGCCCAAUGCCAGGGGUGCAGGCAGCUGCAGCCACUGCCAUCAUUGCGGGCCUGCUGGUUUUCCCCAUCAGCCUGGACUCCCCAUUUGCCAAGGAAGCCUGUGGAACCUCCUCCGUGUACUACAGUGGCCAGUGCCAGCUGGGCUGGGGCUAUGUGACUGCUAUCUUCAGUGCAGUCCUGGCUAGCUUUCUGCCUAUGAUUGGGUGGCCCCGCAUGACUCAGGUCCAGGGGAGGACCAUCCUCUUCUCCAGUGACACUGAGAAAAGCAUCCUCAUGCCAGAAAUGAACAAAUAA